AUGCCCACCUCCUGCUUCACCGUCUGCCUCGGCAACAGUUCCUUUUCCAACAACCAGGCCCGAGCUGCCCUGUUCCUACUCCACAACCAAAAAUCAAUCUGGGAACUGGGCCCUGUACAAGUGCCGGCAGCCGACCCCCCUGCGUCAGCCGUGUGGAUGGGCUUCUUCGGUAGAAAGGCCCCCGCGGCUGCAGAGGUUGGCACUGCGGCGCCAGAAUCGGCCGCGUAUGAAAAGGGAACGGCGACCGAGCGAUCCAGCGAGGAGGACUUUGGGACUACCAAGCAGGCUGGUGUAAGAAAGGUUGAGGCGGCGGCCGAGGCCUGGACCAAAUGGCAUCUCGCCACCGCCUAUGGGCUAAUCUGGCUCUACUAUUUUGCCACUUCUACGGCCGAAGUCGUCACGCGAACCCUCAACCCGUUCGUGACGAGCUCCUUCGGCAAGCACUCGACGAGUGCCGCCGUCAACAUCCUGUCCUCCAUCAUUGGCGGCUUGACCAAACUGCCACUGGCCAAAAUCCUGGAUACCUGGGGCCGCCCCCAAGGACUCGCGUUGAUGCUGCUGAUUUGGUGUCUCGGAUACAUCAUGACCGCCUGCGCCAAAACCAUCGAAACAUAUGCUGCGGCUCUGGUAUUUUCCGCGGUCGGAGCCCAAGGUGUCAGCUACUGCGUCACCGUCUUCAUCGCCGACACCUCGUCCUUGAAGAACCGAGCCCUGAUGCUGGCCUUUGCCACGUCCCCAUACAUCAUCACCACCCCUAUUAGUGGUUUCAUUGCCAAGCGUAUCGUAAAGGAUGCUGGUUGGCGAUGGGGUUUUGGACUCUGGGCCAUUGUGAUGCCCGUCAUUGUGCUCCCACUGUGCUUCGUUUUCCUUUGGAAUCAGCGCAAGGCCAAACGACAGGGCUUGUUGGAAUCCAAAGGUACAAAAAUCACGCCUCGCUCCGUCUACAACUAUCUCGUCGAGGUCGAUAUUGUUGGUCUUCUGCUGCUGGCUGGUGGCUGGGCCUUGUUCCUCUUGCCAUUUUCUCUGUACUCCUACCAACCCCAGCAGUGGCGCGCACCCAUCAUCAUCUGCUUCCUCAUCUUCGGGGCCCUUCUUUUGGCCGCAUUCUGCGUCUGGGAAAAGUUCUUUGCCCCGGUCACCUUCAUCCCCUACAAGCUUCUCAUGGAUCGCACAGUCUUCUUUGGCGGCCUCAUGUUUAGCUUUCUCUUUGCCAACUCGGCCAUUUGGGGCAGCUACUUUACUUCCAUGCUCUUGGUGGUGUGGGAUUUGGGCGUUGAUUCGACAACGUGGAUCAACAACAUUUACCGCAUCGGCUCUUGCUUCGCGGCCAUUAUUCUUGGUCUUCUCAUGCGCUUCACUGGACGCUUUAAAUGGGUUGCCACCUUUUAUGGAAUUCCCUUGAUGCUUCUCGGUGUGGGCCUCAUGAUCAAGUUCCGUCAGGCCAACGAGGAAAUUGGCUAUGUCAUCAUGACCCAAAUCUUUGUCGCCUUUGCGGGUGGCCCUAUUGUCGUUGCUGGUGAGAUGGCCAUGAUGGCCCCCUCAGACCAUCAACAUGUCGCCGUCGUCAUCGCCAUCCUCGAUCUAUUUGCUAGUAUUGGCUCUGCAAUCGGCUCCACCAUCUCUGGUGCCAUCUGGACCGGUACAUUCAAGAAGGAGCUGACGAAACGCCUGCCAUCCGACGCCCCUAUCGAUGCCAUCUAUGCUCGGCUCGAGAACCAGCUUGGCUAUGAAAAGGGGACUGCUAUCCGCGCUGGUAUUGCAGACGCCUACUCUGCCUCGCAGCGAUAUAUGCUCGCCACAAGCGUCUGCUUCUUGGCUGUCGCCUGGGGUUGCGCUUGGGUGUGGAGAGACAUUAACAUUCACAAGAAGAGGCAGGUUCAAGGAAACGUUGUUUAA